GUGUUUGCAACUUUUCAGUGAGCAAGCAGGCAAGCAUCUGUGGCAGCAUCGCUUUUGUGGGAAGUGUUGUGGUUUGGGGGUUGGUGUGUUGCAAGGCUUUUGAAUCAAGAUCACUUGGAGCCGCUUCGACAUCUUUGAAUGGACAUGUGAUCUACCCGCGAUGAACGGCGCAGUUGACUAACACGUCCUUAAAGAGUUACGCGGCGGCAAAAACCGCGUCUUCUCUUAGAGGAGGAUUGCUUCUGUGGUGAUGCCGGAAAAACCAUGACGUUCGUUAUGUGAGCUCGCGACGUCGAUGCCAUGGCUGACGGGGGCCGAGACUUUCCUGCGCCGAACCUCCCACCGAAGGCGUUCUCCGUCAAUAUCGGAGGGUCGAGGUCGUCAGCAAUGUUUUCGCUUACGGAACCACCUCCUUUGCCGCCACGCCGAAGCGUCUUCUUUGGUAAAUGCAACGGGGCUGGUGACCUGUCAUCUGUCCCACCAGCUCCAUCUUCCACAUCAACUUGGACAAGUUCAGAUUUUCUUAGUUUUAUGCACCAACCAGGCAGAGAAGGGGACACGAAAACCAGCAUAAAGUCAAUAGAAGCCCUUUUCCUCGAGGAUGUGAGCUCUAGGAGCACCACACUCCGGCACCAUUCGUUGACAACUAGUUCAGUCGUGUCCACGCAAUUUGCCUCUCAGCCAUUCCCAUUUGCAGCUGCUGGUCAGCUGCCAGGCCGCGUUGGUUCACUCGCUGGCACAGAGAUGACUCACAGUAACUCUGCACCCAACUUCAACAAUCUGUCUUCCAGCUGUAAUCCCUCACCUAUCCACACAGCAAGUCAAAGCUCGUCGGUGCUUUCAAGGACAGAGAUUGAAAGGAGUAUGUUCAGCGUGCUUCGAAAGAAGCAGGACAACAACCUCAUUGACUUUGGUGUAGAUGCAGAGCUGGCGAGAAAGCGGGAAACCCUUAAAAAAGCUGGGGACUCGCUGAAUGACCUGCUUGACCUGUUUGAUCCACUACGAGAGAACGAGCUUGAAGAAAUUUCAACUCCUGAAGAGUCACCACCAAAGGGUCCUCCAGAGGGAAAGAUGGAAGUGGUAGAGACACCACCCCAGAUCCCUCCAAAACAUGGGGGACCGGCACAAACACAGCCGCCAUCUUUGCCAGCAAGUAGGAGUUCGACUGUCGAAAGGCCUGUUUCCAAACAGGGUGCUACAAGCAAAGGGCCGAGCGUGGAACUUGGCACUUUGAAGGUAGUCCGCCAUGAAGUGUGUCAAGGGGAGGAGGUUGAAGCUUUCUGGGCUAAAGCUAAGCAGCUAAGAUCAGAGUUCACGUUUUAUGAUCACCAUACCAAUGCUGGUCUUGUCAUCAGCCCAACUUUGAAAAACAAGUGGGGAAAAAGCCUCAGCAUAAAGUUGGAAAUCACAACAAGCUUUUCAGAGAGGCCCUUCUGCUUCACAUGUGAUGUAGGAACCAGCGUGGAGCAUGUAAUUAGCAACACUGUGUGCUCCUUGAAGGACGAUUUAUCGGACACUGCACUGGAAAGUUACGUACUGAAAGUCAAAGGGCUUGCAGAAUAUUUUACACGUGACUCCGCAUUGAAAGACUAUGAAUAUGUUCACCAAUGCUGCAAGUUUAUGAAGCCAGUUUGCCUGACCCUUAUAGAGGUCCAAGACCUCAGUAAGCCGUGGGCGCGGACAUCAAGGGAUGACAGUGAAUUCUACGAUGUCAAGGCAUCAAGCCUGCUUCCUCAGCCAUCAGGACAAGUUUCUUUUGAUUCAGUGUCUAUAUUACUUGAAACCUUCCACAAAGAGGCUAAGAAGGUACAGAUGGGAGCCUCUGCUGGUUGCUUGCAGCCAAAUGGAGCUAUUCAGGCUGUGAAGGCCAUUUGUUCCACACUUUCAAGGAUUGAAAUAUUGGAGAUUUUGCAUGCUGUGGAAGGGUUAAAGCACAUUUGCAGUCAGAUGCCUGAGGUGAAUGGGUUUCAUGACAGCUAUCUCAAGGCAGAAGACUCACCAAAUCCAGCACCCACAAAUUGUGACCGUGUUGCAGAAGUUGUGUUCUACUCAUUACUACAGUUGCAGUCUGCAUUGCGCACACUUGUAGAAAUCUACUGCCGCAGCUUUCGUGUUGACUUUUCAUUAACUACGGCUAGUGAAAGCAAACCGCAGUGUGAAGUACGCCCAGUCACUACAUUUCAUGACACCUUUCUUGUAAACAUUGGCAGCGUACAUCAACUGAAACCACACUGGAUUUCAGACUAUGAGCAGUUUAUCAUAUCUUGUGAGCUUCGCUAUGGCUUGCAUAUAUUGUGCCAAGGGGAAACUCGAAGUGUAAAAGCAAGUCGAAACUUUUUUGAACUUGUAGUUUUUGAUGAGUGGAUUGAGAUGAGUGCAUUUAUGAGGAACCUUCCACGGGAGACUGCUAUAUACUUCGCACUGUUUGGUGUGAAGCCAUCAGCUGAAAACAGGCCACCAGAGACACCAGCAUCUGAACGAGUGCUUUUGGCAUGGACUGGGCAGGCGCUGUUUAACAGUCGGCGCGAGCUGCUUCAGGGAAGUCUCUUUCUUGGUUUUUGGUCACCAGAAGUGGACGAGAACAGUGGUCCGCCACAGAGCAAUGAUGCAUUUUCCUGUCCGGUUCUUCGUCUGCAGUUCCCAGAAUUUGACUGUACUGUAGUCUUUCCGGAAGUGCCAGAGGAUAUCAUUACUACUUGCAAGGCAACCACGUAUGCUCUGGACAGUGUGGUGAUCCAAGAACUCACCGAUGUACUUGAAAAGGACCCUCUCACCAUUCCGAGUUCUGAAGAGAAAAAAUUAUUCUGGGAGCACCGUCAUUACAUCCUUGAAGUUCCACACCUCCUUCCUAAGGUGCUUCUGUCUGCACACAGCUGGAGUUGGCCUUUUCUGCCUGAUCUGUACUUCCUUCUGACAGAAUGGCGCCCUGCUUCUCCCAUUAAUGCACUGACUUUGUUGCUGCCACUGUUUCCCGACUAUGAAGUGCGAAAGACAGCAGUCAAUUGUAUCAAGAAUAUUGGCAGUGACGAACUCUGUGAUCAUCUACCACAACUAAUCCAGGCAUUGCGCUUCGAGACAUGGGAAGAUGCACCUAUCACAUGGUUCCUCUUGGAACGUUCUCUGACUAGUGUGCGCGUUGCCCACCAGAUGUUCUGGCUGCUCAGGCAAAACCUUGACAAUCCACUCACACUUAAGCGGAUGAAGCUUGUGAUUCAAACACUGCUAGUCAUUGUAGGCAAGUCUUUCAGAGACAUUAUAGAGAAACAAGAAGAGCAUCUAAAUCAGCUUUGCAUCAUUGCUGAAAGCAUAAAAGACACACGUGAGUCACUUCGCCUGGACAAGCUUUUGCAAGACAUGGCACAGAUCCACAGUAUGAUCGAGGACAACCCUUCUUGCCUUCCGCUCAACCCAGCAAUGGAAGUUUGUGGUGUGGACGUCAAGUCUUGCUCUUACUUUACAUCCAAUACGCUUCCCCUCAGGAUAGCAUACAAGAGUUCAGAGCAAGGGGCCAAGCCCAUUCACGUGAUUUACAAGGUUGGAGAUGACCUCAGGCAGGACAUGUUGACACUUCAGAUGAUACGGAUAAUGGACAAGUUCUGGUUGAAGGAAGGCCUUGACCUGAAAAUUAUAACCUUCAACUGUGUUGCUACUGGCAAGCGUAAAGGCAUGGUGGAAAUGGUUACUGAAGCAGAGACACUGAGGAGGAUCCAAACGGAGCAUGGGCUCACUGGUUCAUUCAAGGACAGGCCUAUUGCUGAGUGGUUGCAACGACACAACACGUCUGAAUUGGAGUACCAGCAAGCUGUGGAGAACUUUACACUGUCAUGUGCUGGCUACUGUGUAGCCACAUACAUCCUUGGAAUCUGUGAUCGCCACAAUGACAAUAUCAUGCUGAAAACAUCUGGACACAUGUUUCACAUUGAUUUUGGGAAGUUUCUUGGUGACUCUCAGAUGUUUGGCAACUUCAGGCGUGACAGAGCACCGUUCGUUCUUACCUCUGACAUGGUGUAUGUCAUCAAUGGUGGCGAGAAACCUUCCAAGAAGUUCCAGAUUUUCAUUGACUUGUGCUGUGAAGCAUUUAAUAUUGUUCGCCGUAACAGCAACAUUUUCAUCACCCUCUUUGAGCUGAUGGUCACAUCCGGAGUCCCUGGGGUCACCGCAGAUGCUGUCAACUUUGUUCAGAAGUCCUUGUUACUUGGCAGCUCAGAAGGAGAAGCAACUGCACACUUCACCAGGCUUAUUGAAGAGAGCCUACGUUCACGGUUUACGCAGCUGAACUUCUUUAUUCACAACAUUGCACAGCUUCGGUUCACUGGGGACCACAACGAUGGACUGCUGCUUUCCUUUGUUCCUCGGACAUUCUCCAAGGAUUCGGAUGGCAGGAUUGUGUCACUCACUGUGGUUCGCUACCUGAAGUGCCACGAGCCAGAAAAACACUACACCUAUGUUGUCCGUGUUGGCAGGGAAUGCCAGGCAGAGCCUAUGCAUGUUGUUAGAACCUACCCUGAAUUUCUGGAGCUCUACCAAAAGCUAGUCCGAAUGUUUCCAUUGGCCAAGUUCUAUCCCCUGCCCAAGGGAUCACUGGUGGGCCGCAGCAACACACGCGAAGUGGCGCAGCGGAGGAUGCAGGAGCUGGGUGCAUUCCUUACAUCCCUCACCAAGAUGGCAGAAGAGGUGUCCCACUGCAGCCUGGUGUACACUUUCUUCCACCCUCUUUUGCGUGACCAAGAAGGUAUGGCUGAGGAUGAGAACGAGUGUGACAACCUCCGUCAGAUCAGCCAGAGGGUCAAUCUGUCUAAGGGCAUUGUUGGCCGAAUAAAGCUGUCCAUCGUUUACAAGGCAAACGCCCUGUCCAUCAUGGUAAUGCAUGCAGAGAACCUGGCUUGUAUGCGCAAGUCUUUGCCAGACUGCUACAUUAAGGCAUACCUUCACCCAGACCCGGAGAAGGUAACCAAAAGGAAGACCAAAGUGGUGUUCAAGAACAACCACCCAACCUUUAUGGAGAUGCUCGAGUACAACUACCCACACGCAUUCGUAGCGGAAAGGGUGUUGGAGGUGUCUGCGUGGGACCAUGACAGAGUCCAAGAAAAUGAGUUCUUGGGAGCGGCCAUCAUAGAUCUGUCACGUAUGGAUUUGACAAGGGAGAGCACACACUGGUACCACCUGAAUGCUGUGAGAUACAAGUUUCGUUGAUGCAUCAGCAUUUUGCUUGGUGUUCAACCGUCUUUGAUUUCUAUGUCUUGUGUGUUUGUGUCUGUACAAAUGUGGGAUCAAAAGACAUAGAAAAGUGUUAUACUUAGGUGUGUGUUAGCGAAUGUGUUGUUUUUAAUGCAAUGAAAGCACCGCUGGACAAUGUGUGUGUCGCUUGCUUUAGUGGUGGUCAGGAACAGAGACAGAGAUGGGCAGUUCUGUGUACAGCAUAGGUAGUGAGACUUAAUAUAAUCUCUGAUAUACAGCAAGUUCUUUUUCAUAUUGUGUUUGUUGUAUUGUCUCACAAUAGCUCCUUUCAUAGAAACUUUGUCAGCAUACUCUUGUCUGUACAGCAUCUUUUUCCUACCUUAUAAGAGAUUUAGUUCCAUAUUUCACAAGUCAUUGGUGUUAUAUCAUGCAGUGUUGCUCACCUCUCUGCUGCUUAUUUGGUUACAUUCUCAUCGUGCAUGCGGUGCAUGCAGUGCUGUACUGCUAAUAUUCAGGGGGUGUAUGUACUAUAUAGUCUAUUUUUCUAUGACUCUUAUAUACAACAUUUACAAACUUAGUCUUUUGAAGCAGCUUUACAUGUGCUAUUAAUAUACAAGCCACUUUUUGCACUGAAAGUGUCUCAUUUCUUUGACUGGUUUCAAACGCUGCUGACAUUCUUGAUUUCCUUCUCGUUUCUGGUCUGUAACAUCCACUGAUGUUGUAACUCACUUUUAUUAUACUAUAUUUUAGUGCUCUGAUACAGUGGCAACUUUUUUUUUUGGACCAUAUUUUCUUUCUCCUUUACUUAUACUAGUAUUAAAGCUGAAUCCCAAAUAAGCUGCUUUUGGCAGUUAAUGCUGUCUUAUUUUCUAUGAUGUGUACAAAAAAAUUUGCAGGCAUGAUAUAUAUUGUAAUAGGCUGAAGAAGGCUGAACAAAAUGUUUUUUUUUAUGUAGCCACACACUAGGUGUUUUUAUUGCUACAUGUCUGUGUUGCAUACAUUAUUGAGGAUUCAUGUGUUUCUGUAACAGUGUGCUUGGUGGCACAAGUUAUGCCAUUGCUUAUUGGAGAAUGGAGUGCACAAAAGCAAAACAUUCUUUAUGGCUGCAAGAUAUUAUAUGGAGUGAGGUUGUGUAUUACCGUGUGCUAAGUUUAGCACUGUUUUGCACAUUAAUGAAGGGCAGCGAAUGCAGGUGUUGUGGCACCACCCAGUACAUAUUCACUGUACACCCACAGGGAACUUUUUUUCACUGUAAUUUCAUGGAACUGGACUUGUACACUCAUGGAAUUUGCAGUGUGAGUGUUUUGUACAUGUGCAAAUGAAUUCAACCUUGUCACAAUUGUGUGCUAGGUGUAGCAUAUCUGCUUCACAGUGCGUGUUUUCUCCUGCAGCUAAAAUUUCCACUCAUACUUGUUAUGGCUCUAUGCAUUUGGUACACAAAGCCGUGAACUUUCAUGUUAAGUUAUGCCACCUAAGUGUAAAGCUUUGCCGUUUCAAUUUCUUUCUUAGCUAAAAAAAUUUGUGGUCUUCCUCUGUCUCGUCGCUUAGCAGAGUAGGAAUUUUGCAUGCUCAAGGAUUACAUACUUUCUUCGUGAUAUACAGAUACAAAGUGCCUUCAUCUGCUGUGUGGAGCCAAAAAUAAUAAUAAUAAAGCCAUGGACUUGUGUUACUCAGCAUUGUGUUAUGUACUUGAAUCUGUGUUCCUAUGUGAAUAGGCAAAUUA